AUGUCUAGACUUCUAACUGUGAAGUUAUCUUUGCCAGUUUUCUUUGCUCGCCAUCCACAUCAUGAUAGAGGUAAUACUGCCCAAAAAGUGUUUGCCAAACUUAAAUGGCUUGGCAAAAAUAUUACUUAUGUUGAUUUUUGCAAACUUUUUGUAAUCAUCUUCCAGGAUGAAUGUGUGUUAAAUACUUGCAAAGAAUUUUACUCGUCUCAGAUAUCAAAAGGCGGCAUUGAUUUGAAUUAUGAGAUAAAUACAUUUUUUAAACGUAUUAGUGACAAGUCAUAUCAGAGAUACUGGAACUGCGAUGAAAAUGAAUUGCGCAUGGUCCAUAUGAAACGUAUGUCCGAAGAAAACGAAUCGUGUUUAGCAGAAAUUAAAUUAUUGAACGAAGAAAUUGAUAAGAUGGAGAUCGAUCACAAAGAUAAAGUUCAAGAAUAUCGAAUAAAAAAAAUACAAUUCGACGAUCGAGUGGUAAAAGUAUAUCGAGAAGCACAAUUGAAUAAAGUUCGGAUUGAGAGAAAAAAUAGAAAUGAAAUGUUAAUAAAUUUGAUGGAACGCGAGAAAGAAUUGGAUGAUCUUGAAAAAAUAAAUAAAGAAAACAAAAAGAAAUUUCUUGCUUCAAAAGAAAUCAAUAUUUUAGAAUCGGAGCAGAUGAAAAAAGAACUAUUUAGAAAAGAAGAAUUUUUAAAGAUGUUUAGUAACCGUUUCAGUAAAGACAUGUUAAUGCGAUACAAAAAAAAAAAAAGUCUUGAACAUUCGAUAAUAGAAAAAAAUAACACGAUUGAAAAAUUGAAGAAUACUGUUGAAUCAAUGUCAAAGCACCUCGCUGAACUACAAGAAGCCGAACGGGUUUAUCUAAAACGAGAGGUGUACGACAAACUGGACGCAAUACGUGAAAGAAUAGCUUUGCGAACAAUAACAGCAUUUAUCAUGCCUUAUGUGAACCUCAAGUUUAAAUCUAGAAAAAAGAAAACCAAAAGCAAAAAACCCAGUGGUUUAAAUAAAAAGUCUAAAAAAUAA